AUGAAUGACUGUCAAGAAGAGUUGCAACAAUACUGGCAUAGGGGUUUGAGAUUUUUGGGAUUGAAACUUUCAACAUCAGGGAUGGGUCAGCAAGUUCAUGAAGGGGAGAAGAAGUGCUUGAAUUCCGAGCUAUGGCACGCCUGUGCUGGUCCUCUGGUAUCCCUGCCGACUAUUGGGAGUCGUGUGGUUUACUUCCCUCAGGGUCAUAGUGAGCAGGUUGCUGCCACUACUAAUAAAGAAAUUGAUGCCCACAUACCGAAUUACCCAAGUUUGCCACCCCAGUUGAUCUGCCAACUCCACAAUGUUACAAUGCAUGCAGAUGUUGAGACGGAUGAAGUGUAUGCUCAGAUGACACUGCAGCCCCUGACUCCGCAAGAACAAAAAGAUACGUAUCUUCCUGUGGAGUUGGGAACUCCUAGCAGGCAACCAACGAAUUACUUUUGCAAGACACUGACUGCGAGUGAUACUAGCACACAUGGAGGCUUCUCAGUUCCUCGUCGCGCUGCAGAGAAAGUUUUUCCUCCUUUGGAUUUCUCACAGACACCACCUGCACAAGAACUCAUUGCAAGGGAUCUCCAUGAUGUUGAAUGGAAGUUUAGGCAUAUUUUCCGGGGCCAGCCUAAGAGGCAUUUGCUUACUACUGGGUGGAGUGUGUUUGUCAGUGCCAAAAGACUUGUUGCUGGAGAUUCUGUUCUUUUCAUCUGGAAUGAGAAAAAUCAGCUCCUUUUGGGAAUUCGUCGUGCCACUCGGCCACAAACUGUGAUGCCAUCAUCUGUUCUUUCAAGUGACAGUAUGCACAUUGGACUGCUCGCUGCUGCUGCUCAUGCUGCUUCUACUAAUAGCUGCUUCACGAUAUUUUAUAACCCAAGGGCUAGUCCAUCUGAGUUUGUCAUACCUCUUUCGAAGUACAUCAAAGCUGCUUAUCAUACACGUGUUUCUGUUGGAAUGCGUUUUCGGAUGCUAUUUGAAACUGAAGAAUCCAGUGUUCGCAGAUACAUGGGCACAAUUACUGGCAUUGGUGACCUAGAUCCUGUUCGUUGGCCAAACUCUCACUGGCGUUCUGUCAAGGUUGGUUGGGAUGAAUCCACAGCAGGAGAGAGGCAGCCACGGGUAUCAUUAUGGGAAAUUGAACCCUUGACUACAUUUCCAAUGUAUCCCUCUUUAUUUCCUCUCAGGCUGAAACGACCAUGGUAUUCAGGGGGAUCAUCUUUUCAAGAUGGCAGUAACGACACAAUAAAUGGCAUGGCGUGGAUGAGAGGUGAAACUGGUGAGCAAGGACUCAAUUCUUUGAAUUUCCAGUCUGUUGGUAUGUUUCCCUGGAUGCAGCAGAGAGUUGAUCCAACAGUCCUACGAAAUGAUCUUAAUCAGCAAUACCAGGCUAUGCUGGCAGCAGGUUUGCAACAUUGUGGAAGUGGGGAUUUGCUCAAAGAACAACUCAUGCAGCAGUUCCAGCAGCAGCCUGUUCAAUAUCUUCAACAUUCAGGCAACCAUAAUCCCCUGUUUCAGCAGCAGCAGCAGAGGCCAACACAACAGCAAGUCAAUAAUAUGUCUGAAGAACAUCAGCAACGACAUAAUUAUCAGGAAUCAUUUUUAAUGCAACGUGAUCAGCUUCAACAGAGGCAGCCAUCUGAUAUUCCUUCCCCUUCAUUCACAAAUUCGAACAGUACAUUUGCAGCAUCUAUUGCUCCUGGAAUGCAUAAUAUGCUGGGUUCACUUUGUUCCGUAGGGAGUGGUAAUCAUUUAAGUUUCUCAAGACCUGAUGAGUCAAUACCCAAAGAGCAGUCACCCCAACAAUCCUGGGGAACAUGUAGCUUGGAUGCCCAGAAUCAUUCUCUUUUUGGUGCUAAUAUUGACACUGUGGGGCUCUUGCUUCCUACCGUUGUGUCUAGUAUUGCUACUUCUUCAGGUCAUGCUGAAAUGUCCUCUAUGCAGCUGGGGACUUCUGGGUUUCAGAAUCCUCUUUAUGGUUUUGUGCAAGAUUCGUCCGAGUUGUUGCAUAACACAGGACAAGUUGACCAACCUGCCCCAAGCUGUACCUUUGUCAAGGUUUAUAAAUCAGGGUCGGUUGGUAGGUCACUUGACAUCGGCCGGUUCAACAGCUAUCAGGAGCUGCGUCAGGAACUAGGUCAGAUGUUUGGGAUUGAAGGGUUGCUUGAAGACCCUAAAAGAUCAGGCUGGCAGCUUGUAUUCGUCGACAGGGAGGAUGAUGUGCUUCUCCUUGGAGACGAUCCAUGGGAGGCAUUUGUGAAUAAUGUCUGGUAUAUCAAGAUUCUUUCUCCCGAGGAUGUGCAGAAACUGGGAGAAAAAGAGGCUCGGUCAUUGAGUCGAAGUGCAUCUGAAAGGAUAAAGAAUGCAGAUGGCCAAGACCUUGUUGGACUCUCAUCUAUAGGGUCACUUGAAUACUGA